AGGCAGGGAAAGUGGAUCCUGACGUAACCGGCUUAACUCCCGCCGGAGGAGCGACACCACCCGCCCCCACCUUCAUCAUCACCACCACCACCCCCACCUUCAUCAUCACCACCACCACGCCGACCACGCAGCAUGAGUCCUGGGCUCGGUCUGUGAGACACCGGGGCAGACAUGGCGUCCUACCUGGAGAUCGCCGACGACGAGAAGGGCUACGACUUGGACCUUUUCUGCGUGCCCAGACAUUACGAGACGGAUCUGGACAAGGUGAUCAUUCCUCAUGGACUCAUCAUGGACAGGACCGAGCGCUUGGCCCGCGACAUCGUCCGUGACAUGGGGGGCCACCACAUCGUGGCUCUGUGCGUGCUGAAGGGCGGCUACAAGUUCUUCGCCGACCUGCUGGACUACAUCAAGGCGCUGAACCAGAACAGCGAUAAAUCGGUGCCGCUGACGGUGGACUUCAUCAGAGUGAAGAGCUACAGCAACGACAAGUCCAGCAACAGCGUCAAAGUCAUCGGAGGCGAUGAGCUGUCCAGUCUCUCGGGCAAGCACGUUCUCAUCGUGGAGGACAUAGUGGAGACGGGCAGGACCAUGCAGACCCUGCUCUCCCUGCUCAGUGAGAGCAGACCCCAGAUGGUGAAAGUGGUGAGUCUUCUGGUGAAGAGGACUCCCAGGAGUUCCGGGUAUAGACCGGACUACGUGGGCUUCGAGGUGCCCGACGCCUUCCUGGUGGGCUACGCCUUGGACUACAACGAGUACUUCAGAGACCUCAGUCACAUCUGUGUACUGAACGAGGACGCCAAGGAGAAGUAUAGAGUGUGAAGAAGCUUCGCUGAUCAACCAAUCACUGUGACCAUCCUCCUUCAUUCUUCAUUUUCCUACAUUACCUAAAGAGAAUAUUUAUUCACACGCUUGAUUGGUAUCGUUUGAAGAAGGAGGAAUAUUUUGGUUGUAAUAUUUAUUUUAUGUAUUUGUUGACGUUGAAAGGUUUUACUUGUAAAUGACAUGAAUCUUUACUAAUAUUAUGAAGAGUGUAACAGAACGUUUGCAGCUCAUGACUCAGGCUUCGUGUCCAGUGAGUAGUCUUCUUUGGUUUGCGCACAUGUAAUGUCCACACACUGUAUCAUAUUGACAUUAUGCUAAGUGACUGAUGGAGAACCUGCAUUCUGUCUUGUUUUACUUCACAUUUCAACGUGGGUCUGCAAUAUAAAUCAGUUGAAACAAGGAA